AUGCCUACCCUGGCCCGGCUGCACUUGUUUUUUUUGCUGUUGCUGUCCUGGCACUGGCACUGGCACUGGACCCUCUCAUCAAUUUUUCUGCUUUCGACACGCAAACACCACCCAUGCGUGACCACCCCCGGCGUGCUCGUGCAUGGUGCCAAGGAGCUAGACCGACGGCCGUCGCAUCGUCACCUUCGCUGCCAAUCUCAUCUCCCUCAGCUCGUCUCCCAUCCGCCCCGGCUUCCCGCUUGUGCUCCACGCCAACCUGAUUAUCCAAUGCCUGCCACCAGCGACUCGACGAGGAACACGAAUCCGACCGCCACUGGUGCUCCACCACGACCGACGCCUAACAGCUAUCGUGACUCGACGCUAGCCGUCUUUGCCCUGCUGCUUGCCUUCCGCAUCGUCAAUGCUUUGACGCUGCGCACCUUUUUCCAGCCCGAUGAGUUCUUCCAGUCCCUCGAGCCUGCAUGGCAGCUGGCUUUUGGCGCCAACAGUCAUGCCUGCAUCACUUGGGAGUGGAGGUCGCAGUUGCGGUCGUCCGUGCAUCCAGCGCUAUUUGCUGCCGUCUACAGAGUUGCGGCACAUCUUGCUGCUUUCUGGCGCUUGUCGCUACCUGCAAAAGCCGAACUCCUCAUCGCAACGCCGAAAGUUUUCCAGGCCGUCUUUGCGGCUUUGCUUGAUUGCUACACUUGGAAACUUGCGGAAAAAGUUUACGGUCGUGGCACCCGCACUGCCCUUCUUACUGACCUCGGCUUGCUCACAGAGUUGCGUCUGUCACUACUGUUGGCAGCGCUUGCAUGUAUUCUCCGACCAACCAAUGCCCUCAUCUGGCUUGCCGUAUCCAUACCAACCCUCUGGCAGGCUUCCCAGAAACUGCGGUAUGUGCUGGUCCGGGAAGUCCUGCUCUGCGGCGUCGUGGUUUUCGCAGUCUCACUUGUGUCUGACCGACUGUACUACCGAGUCUGGACCCUUCCGCCGCUCCGCUUCCUCUACUUCAACAUCGCCCAGUCUCUAGCCGUCUUCUACGGGAAGAACCGAGGUGACUACUAUUUUACCGAAGGUCUGCCGUUGCUUCUCACCACAGCUUUACCGUUCGCCGCUGUCGGCCUAUGGAAAUCUUUGCAGGGCCCAGAACCACAAGGAUCAUCCCCAGUCGAGUCAAGUGAAGACGCAACGGGCAAACGGAUACUAGCACGUUUGGCAUGGACAUCAGUUUUCAUGACCGUUGUGUUGAGUCUGAUAUCACACAAGGAAGUUCGCUUCCUAUAUCCUAUACUGCCUUUUCUUCACAUCAUUGCAGCCGCACCGCUCUGCAAUUUCCUGCCUCGCCAAGCUGCAUUAUCGCGCCGAGCCGUCAUAUUGUCCCUUCUUAUUGCAAACAUCCUACUUGCGAGCUAUGUCUCGCAGCUCCAUCAACGAGGCGUCAUCGAUGUUCUCGCCUAUCUUCGCCAUAAACAUGAAACGCGCAAUAACCUAUCACACACAUCUUCCAGUACCGACACGCACGCUGCUAUCGUAACAAACACGACAGUUGGCUUCCUCAUGCCUUGCCACUCUACCCCCUGGCGCUCCCACCUCGUCUACCCCGAGCUUUCCGCCUGGGCACUGACCUGUGAACCCCCAAUCGACAUUCCAACCUCCGAACGCUCUGCCUACUUUGACGAAGCCGAUGAGUUUUAUAUUAAACCUGGCCCAGUGGCAUGGCUCCGCGGUAACAUGGAAGAUGUGCAAACCAUUACCGCGAGUGGCAGUCGCUCGGGCCAGCACUGGAUGCGCCAGGACCCAAAGUUCAAACGCAAGUAUCGGCGUGAGUGGCCACAGAACUUGGUCUUCUUUGAGCAGUUGGAGGAUACGCUGAAGACGCAUCUUGAGGGCACGAGGUAUCAGGAGUGUUGGAGGGGUUUUAAUUCGCAUUUUCAUGACGAUCAUCGGAGGGUUGGGGAUGUGAUUGUUUGGUGCUUGGAUGGAGUAUGA